GGCGUCUGCGCACUCCGGCCGACGAGGACGGGCGGCGCUGCGGGCCGGCGGAGCGGCGUCGGACGCAGCUCGCCCCGCCGCCCGCCGGAUGGAGGCUGCCGGGCUGCUGGCGCUGCUGCUGCUGCUGCUGCUGCGCCUGGGCUCCGCGGCGGAAGGUGCGACCGCCGCCACGCCGGCCCUUUCCGCCCGGACGGCAGCCGCUGAGGAGGCGCCUCAGGCCUUCGAGCCCGCCCCUGGCGGGUCGGCCGCCGUGCAGCCGGUCGUGGGCAUCAGCCAGAGGGUGAAGAUGAGGCCGAACGAGAAGAAGGACCUGGGCACGCUGGGCUACGUGUUGGGCGUUAUCAUGGUGGUAGUCCUCAUUGGUAUUGGAGUAGGAAUUGUUGUGGGCUAUCUGUACAAGAGGGGCAAAGAUCUAAAAGAGCAUCAGGAGCGGAAAGCCAAUGAGCGCGAAAUGCAGCGGAUCACUCUGCCCCUCUCGGCCUUCAGCAACCCAGCCUGCGAGCUUGUGGAGGAGAACGUCAUUGUGGCGCACACCCACCCAACCCCAGCAGAGGAAGCGCAGGGGGGGAACACUCCGCUCAUGGGCCAGGCGGGCACUCCCGGGGCAUGAGGAAGAGACGCCCCGCUGGACCUCUGAGGCGGAUGCCUCUUUGCCUCUCUAUUUAACCCGAGAAUCCAUUUGUAUUUUGCUUUUCCAUUUGAAGACAGGCCCCCUGGAAUGGGCAAAAUGCUGCAAGGAUCAGGGCUAGCUCGCUGAAGCAGGAAGAGAGGCAUACUUGCUGCUCAAGCUAGGGGCUGCUCUGCCUAUGGAAGGUCCAUCUGGUGCAGGGACUGACUCUGGGAAGGGCCUGCUGCCUCUGCUAGAGGAAGAUUUUUUCCCUUGUGGGUCCUGCAAAUUCUUUGAUCAGGGUAACGCAGGACUGGGGAGCUUUAUUGAAAAGGGAGUCAGUGCUUGUGCAAGGAUUUGAUCUUGUUUGCGUUGAUGCUG